UGACGCAUUCGUAGUGCGGAGAGUAAUAGGAUUUUUGUAAAAGAGCGCACCCAAUUUGACACCGACAAGAGACCAAGAGUGCCUAUAAAACAGUAACAGAAUGAAUGCUUGUCAUCAGUUCAAUCCGAUCCGCAAAAGCAAAAGCAACUCAAAAUGAAGACCUUCAUCGCUCUUACCCUCGUGGCCGCGGCCUCCGCCGCUCCCGCCGCUGACAAGCCCGAGCCCGCCUAUAAGCCGUAUGAGCCCCAAUACGCCCCCGCCCCAUACAAGCCCGCCUAUAAGCCCGCUUACAAGGAGCCCGCUUAUGAGGAGCCCCCCAAAUACGAGUACAACUACGCUGUGGCCGAUCACUACUCCGGUUCUGAUUUCACCCAGAACGAGGCCCGCGAUGGUUACUCCACCAAUGGUGGAUACCGUGUGGCCCUGCCCGAUGGUCGCACCCAAAUCGUGACCUACACCGUUCAAGAUGGCAAGUCUGGUUUCGUGGCUGAUGUGCGAUAUGAGGGUGAGGCCCAAUACCCCGAGGAGAAGCCCGCCUACAAGGCCGAGUACAAGCCCAAAUACGCCCCUGUCCCCGCCUACCAACCUGCCCCAGCUUAUGAAGCUUAAAUGUCAAGAAGAUGCCAAAUAUUUAUCAAAAUGUUAAGUGUUACUUCAAAUAAACCACUUUGAUUU